UAGGAAAAAAUAAACACAAUCCAACGGUUUCCUCUGACUAUAAGGCGCAGGAUGGAUCUCUGGAAAGGGCUCUGGCGGCAGUGCGUCAAUUUCUUCUCCUACAAUUAUCCGUGCAUCGCCGUCUACACCAGUGCGGGGGCCGUCGUGACGGCCUACCUGCACUACCACCUACGGAUCCACAGCCUCGACCUGAUGUACUGGAAGAACGUGGCGGAGUCCUUUUCGAAGGAAAUCGACACCUUUCAGCUGGGUAUGAUAUGCGUCAUAUUCGCGAUCAAUGGCGUAUACGUGUUCGUCCUGCUGACCGUUUAUCUGUGCCCGGCCCUGGAGCGAGAUGAUGUCGAGAUGACGCUGCUGGAGAUCAAGGACCGCUACGCCCGCUACAUUCUUCUGCGGCUGAUUGCGCGCCUUGACCGCAUCCAGGGCGGGCUGUCCAACAGGCGGCAGAGCCUCUGCUUGCAAGACUAUACACGGGCCCACAGCAGCAUGGCCAAGGCGGUGGCCGUCUUCCGCAAGGACGCCCGCAAACUCAUCCUGCCCAGCGAGUCGGAGAUUAUGCUGCCCAUCGAGGAUAUCUACCACGUGGCCGAGGAGGAUGAGCGCCAACUGAGGCGCGCCGGCUACUACAAGUUGGGCAUCGACAUCUCCGACGAGACCGUCAAGAAACUGUACAACCCCAAAUAAAGAGCAUAGAUCACCCGCUGCCCAUGGAUCGCC